CCAUGGCGCGCAGGGACCAGCGUGCCUGCUUAGUUCACAGUUCACCAUUCACUGUUUGUAGUCAUUCUCGACAGUAUUUUGGUUGUUUUGUUUACAUUUAAUACACGUGAAAGUAUCAAUUUCAGAAUAAAAAAUGGGUCAAUCGGACGAUAUUGAAGAUUCUACUUACAGUAAACAUCAGGAUUUGUGCCAAAAACUUAAUAUGGAUGCAACGGCUGCAUCGGAAGCUUGGAAAUCUUACUCAACUAUUCGUCAAAAUUACACACUCGAGGGCAAUCAAUUGCAUUGGAUUGGCUGCGCCUUGUACGUGGCCUGUCGUGAGUCCUCUACUCCCACUGUAGGAAAACCAGGCUCCAACGUCGAGGGUAAUUGUGUGUCGCUAACGCGUCUCCUCGGACUCUGCAAGUUGUCUCUCAUCCAGUUCUUCAAUAAAUGUAAAUCAUGGGCGGACAUGGCAAAUAUGCCUCAGAGUUUUCGCUCUAAAAUCGAUAAAAUUGAGCGAAAUUUCAAUGUUUCCAUGGUGAUUUUCAAAAAAUAUCAGCCAAUCUUUACUGACAUAUUCAAGAACCCAAGUGAGGAUAGUUCAAAACCCCCAAGACCAAGAAGACACAAGGCUGUACCAUGCACACCAUCCAGAGCCUUUGAAUUCUGCUGGACCCUAUUUAUCUGCGUGAAAGGAGAAUUCCCAGAUAUUUCGGAUGAUCUUGUUAAUUCCUACCAUUUGUUAUUAGUAUGCUGUGAUUUGGUCUAUAGCAAUGCAUUACUUGCUAAUAGAAAAGAUUUACUGAAUCCCAAUUUUCCAGGUUUACCAUCUAACUUCACCGAUGAUAAUUUCGUUCCUCCCAAAACGGCAAACUGCAUUGUACAUCUGUUAUGUGAACGUCAUGAAGCUAUUGGAGUCGAGGCCAAAGUUAUCAAAGAAUACACCUUGAGGAAUCACUUGAACAAGCUCUUCAAUGAGCGGAUUCUUCGUGGAGAACAGUCGAACUUUUCGGGGAUCUUGGAGGCUCUUAAUUUUGAUGGCAACAACAAGGCCAUCAAUAGGGCGUACGAACAACACGUACUCAAAGUUGGGGAUUUCGAUGAGAGAAUAUUCUUAGCCGAGUGGAGGAGAGUGAAACAUAUCGGAUUGUUGGGUAUGGAAAUUGUUGGCGAGGACAUUGCCACUCGGGCAAAAAUUCCGAGACGUUUGGCAAUCAGAGGGCCCAAUGCCAGUGAAAACAUUGGCUCUCCUGAUAAAGGAUUGAACGUGUCUGAUUUGCAUGAGCAAAUGAAGCGAGAACAAAACCACGUGAGAGAUCUGGAACCAUCAACUCCUUUGACUGGCCGACAAUACCUUAUGACAAAAGACAUGGCAAGUGUAACACCAGUGGCAACAGCAACCCAGAGUGUAAGUCGUCUUCAGGCACUUUUAGCGAGACGUCAACCAGCUCCAAGUGACGUUUUACUCGAUAUGUUGAAAAGCUGUACAACAGACGUUAGCAGUCUCGUUGAGAAUAAAGUCAAAGAAAUUGGUGAACGUUUCUGUGCUACAUACAGCCAGAAUUCUGAUGAUGAUACAUCGAAUCUUGAUUUUAGUAAGAAGAGACUGAUUCUCGCUCAGACCCUAUUCUAUAAGGUACUGGAGAGAAUUUUGACUGAUGAAAAGAGGAUUAAGCCUGAUUAUGACAUUACAAAUCUAUUGACCAAUGAGGUUUUCUUACAAUGUCUGUUCGCAUGCUGCUUGGAAAUUGUCAUUUGGUCGUAUAAGAAUAAAGAUCGAACAUUUCCGUGGAUUCUAAAUGCACUCAAUGUUGAGCCCUACAAUUUUUACAAAGUGAUAGAAGUCAUUGUUCGAGCUGAACAACUGGCUAGGGACGUCGUCAAACACUUGAAUGACAUUGAAGAGAAAAUCCUUGAAUCCCAGGCAUGGAAGUCCAACAGUCCUCUUUGGCAAGCUAUUGGAAAUACUCCUGGAGGUGUACCGAGUUGUGAAGAGGUCUCUCUACCUGGUACUUUAGAUUCCGUCGAUCCAAAUACACCAGGACAGCCGGUGCUUCGUAGACUUGCCUUGGACAGGGGUACCACUCAUCAUGAUGUACACCAAAGUCCAAUAUCAACAGCAUCAGAGAGAUUUCAGUCGCCUGUUACAUCAUCGGGUGUUGUUAAAAAACGCCUGUUCAAUGACAAUACAGGUCGAGUCAGUGGCCAGAGCCUUCUGAAAGAUAAAAUACCCCAUAAGGUUGUAAUUGACGGAAGCUCAAGAGUUUACUUGGCUGUUUCACAAGCUGAUCAGGCUAAUGUAUCUAGAGUACAAAAUUCACUGGCGUCCAAUAUACCUCGUGAUCCUUCCAAGCCCCGAAAGACUGGUUCCGUUGCCCUCUUCUUCCGUAAAUUUUACAAUCUCGGAGCAAUACGCAUGCAGAAUCUCUGUAACUCCUUGGCAGUGAAUGAUGUUGAUCUGAAGAAAAAAAUUUGGACGAUUUUUGAAUAUUCUGUCAAAGAACGCACUGAACUCAUGAAAGACAGACAUCUUGAUCAGAUUCUCAUGUGCGCUGUUUAUGUUGUUUGCAAAUUAGCUCAAAUUGAGAGAAAUACCUUCACCGAAAUUAUGCGAUGCUACAGAUUUCAACCACAAGCAGAGUCUCACAUUUACAGAUCGGUUUUAAUAUCCAAAGCCAACAGAAGUGAAAGAAAUAUCACUGAUAAUGAGUCCCAGAGUGUAAAUGGUGAUGUUGAUUCUACUAUUGAGAAUCAAAACACUAAUGCACCUCCAACACCCUCCAAUAUGGCUGGCACGUCUCAGACAUUUGGUGAUGAAAUACGGGGCGAUUUAAUUAAAUUUUAUAAUGCUGUUUAUGUACCCAAGGUCAAGGAAUUUGCUAUCCUAUCACGUGGUAACAAUUCUACACUUCCGUUGAGUCCAUUACCCAGAAGCAAGCCCUCGAUGAAUUCGCCAGUGAGGCAUGUCACUCCCAGUGUUGUCACACGAACUCUUGAUCCGAAAGCCGUCACUACACCAGUGGCUUCUGUAGCACCUCCACUCAGCUACUGCUUCAGUCGCAGCCCCGCUAAGGCUUUGGAGGCUAUCAACAGGAUGAUAAUUUCCGUUGAUUCAAGAAAACCUGUUGGAAAACGCCUGCUCUCAGAUGAUAUGGACGUGGAUCAACGGCCCACUGAGAACUGCUCCCCAACGAAGAAAAUUACGACGGAUCCAUAUCUAGCGAAAAAACUGGAGAAUAUUAUCGGCGAACGACGAACACAAAAUCAGUAAAAAUAGAAUUCAUAACCUCCGAGUUGACGAAUGUUAACCGAUAACACUUUAAUACUAUUCAACAAUCUUUUUUAAUUCACGUAGCGCAAGGUCUUUAGCAUUAUGAAAAAUCAACUUGAUUGGCUGAAAUUAUUGUUGUGCCGUUGCUGAAUUUAUUUAGUUGAAUUGAUGAAAGAAUGGGUGCUCUUCUUCGUGCGUCUUGUAAGCAGUUUUUUUUUCUACUAGAAUAGAUAAGAAUUAGGGUGAUAUAUGAAGUUAUGAAAUAUAUAAAGAGCAAAACAAAUAUUUUGCCUGUGACACUACUCUUGAUUGAUGAAUGUGAAUUAAUCACUGAAUAAGUUUAAGAAUUAUGAAUUACUUGAUUUACGACAUGUGGUGACACUGUACGUAUUCCAAAAUGCAAUUGUAUGCAUUUAACCAUGCAAUUUGAGACCCUGUAUUUUUUUUUCUUUUUUCCCAUUUUGGAUAGGUAUUUUCAAAAUCAUAUGUUAAAUAUUAUAUGUUGUUUUUGAUCUCAUAAUUGGCUUACCAUUUUCUCAUUAAAGGUGAAAUAUAUUUCGCAAUGAACCGGGAAAAUUAAUUCUCAUAAUUUUCCAUAAUUAUUUUAUUUUGUUCUUCACACAGUCCUCAAUUAAAACGCUGUAAAAUGUUUUAUCAGGAUAUAAUUAUAUUUGUUAUUAUUAGUUUGUACAUAGACAAAGGCUUCAUAAUAAAUCAUAUUAAAAAGAA